AUGGAGACAUUUACAAUACACGAUAUGCUCAUAAAUUCAACUGAUCUGAACAAAAUUUUAUGUAAUUUUGGGAUAAAGAAUAUAUCGGAGUGCGAGACCGAGCAGGACCCCUCACCCGAACCUCAAGAUAUCAACCAGACUGUGCGGAUCGUCCUCUACAGCCUCAUCUUCCUCCUCAGCGUCCUGGGCAACAGCCUCAUCAUCGCCGUGCUGGUGAGGAACCGGCGCAUGAGGACGGUCACCAACCUCUUCCUGCUGUCCCUGGCCAUCAGCGACCUGAUGGUGUCCCUGGUGUGCAUCCCCUUCACGCUCAUCCCCAACCUCAUGAGGGACUUUAUCUUCGGCAACGGCAUAUGCAAGUUGGCCAUGUACUUUAUGGGUGUGUCAGUAAGUGUUUCUACUUUCAACCUGGUGGCCAUCUCCUUGGAGCGCUACAGUGCCAUUUGCAACCCUUUGACCUCCAGGACGUGGCAGACCAAAUCUCAUGCCGCUAAGGUCAUCACUGCCACCUGGGUGGCGUCCUUCAUUCUUAUGCUGCCCUACGCCAUUUCUAGCACCAUCAAGCCCUUCACCCGCCUAAACAAUAGCACCGGGCACAUGUGCCGUCUGGUGUGGCCCAACGACAGCAUCCAACAAUCCUGGUAUGUGUCUCUGUUGUUGCUGCUUUUCCUCAUCCCAGGGAUUGUCAUGAUGACAGCCUAUGGACUCAUCUCCCUGGAGCUCUACAGGGGCAUCAAGUUUGAGCUGUCCAAAAGGAAAUCUAGCAGAGACAGACAAUCCAGCACUGGCAGCAUUAAGCCAGGUGACAGUGAUGGAUGUUACCUCCAGCCAUCUAAAAAGAAGAGCAUCACUCUGAGUACAGGCAGCCCUGACAACAACAAGCGCAUGGUCGGACGAGUGUGUGGCAGCAGCUCUACAGCCAACUUGAUGGCCAAGAAGCGUGUGAUUCGGAUGCUCCUGGUCAUUGUCUUCCUCUUUUUCCUGUGUUGGACUCCCGUCUUUGUGGUCAAUGCGUGGCAGGCUUUUGACCGGCGCUCGGCCUACCGCCUGACCGGCGCACCCAUCUCCUUCAUCCACCUGCUGUCAUACACCUCGGCCUGCGUCAACCCCAUCAUUUACUGCUUUAUGAACAAGCGCUUCCGCCAGGGCAUGCUGGCCACCUUCACCUGCUGCGGCUGCUUCAGGAGGAGCAGCAGCAGCACCUUAGGGGGGUCAGCCGGAAGCAGAAUGGCUAAAGGGGAGGUGAGCAGAGCUAGACCUGGGACAAAAACCACCGAGCAGAAUGGUCAUACCCCGCCAAGCGGAGCCAGUACACGCUUCACCUACACCGGCAUUCGUGCAUCUGCCUGGAGUGAGCUAACUUAA